CAUUUUCACACAAGCGAGGAAGUAAACGACGACGUUGCCUUUACAUAAAGCAUAAACGCAUAUUUUCCUGACCAUAAUCCCCCAAAUAAUUGAUGCAUUUCAUCUUUAGUUUUAUCCAGCUUCUAAUCACCAUUCGAACCCCUAAUCUGCUUUUCCCGAUUUCCUUGGCCCCUGUAUUUAGUUAUCAUCGAUUCCAAAUAUCGCUUUUCUCUAACGCCUAGAUUUUUUUGUUUGUAGAUUUGCUUUAGGUUUUUAUUUCUUUCUUUUGUUCUAUGUUUUCUCUAGUUUAGGUAUUUCUUCGUAUAAAAAUUUCAAGAUUUUUCUAAUCUGCAAAUGCACAGUACGGAAUAAACUCAGAAUAAAAUUAGGCGACAUACAUGGCGACGCAUUUUGAUCGCUGGGAGAAAGAUCCUUUCUUUUCUGCAGCCGAGGAGGUUCAGGAAUCUGCGGACAGGAUGGAAUCAGCUUAUAGAACAUGGAUUCAAGUGGCCAAGGAUAAGUCUAAGGCUUGUAACUCCGAAGAUAUACGCCGAGAUCUAAAGACUGCUCUUGGCACAGCUAAAUGGCAGUUAGAGGAGUUUGAGAAGGCAGUUAAAUCAAGCUACGCUAAUUCCACAGCUGAUGAUUCAGAACAUAGACAUAGUGAGUUUGUUGUUGCGAUUGACUGUCAAAUUAAGAAAGUAGAGAGAUCUUUAAACGAGUCAGCCAUCUCCCAAGGAAAGCCACCAUCACCAUGGGUGCGUUUGGAUGAGGGGGAAAGGGAUGAACUUGCACUGUUUCUGUCCGGGAAUGUUCCUCGGCAAAAAGAGAAGCCGGGAGAGAAAGGGCGUUUAGCAGAUGUUAAUGAAGAGAAGAUUGCGGGACAUAGAAGAACCGCAAGUGCCAGUGCCGAUAUAGGUUCCUGGAAGAUUGCAGUCACCGAUGAUGUCGCCAACACACAAGCGGGACCACCCCCUCGGAAGGUUCCUAGCUUUUCAGGAUUUUUGAAUACGAUGGAAUGUGCAGCCAAAUUGAAGUUUGGAAAGAAUGGUUACAGAAAGUUGAAGAACACAGAUUGCCACAAUGAUGUUGUUGAUGCUACUUUACCACGGACUCAGGAGUUGCCUAGGGGCAUCAACGCAUGCUAUGAACGAUGUAAGAGUUGUCUAGAUGGAUGUGAUAAAUGUUAUGACAAGCAACUGUAUAGUUGGUACGGAGCUGCACAUAGACAGAUUCAGAGGUCUCAGUAUUAUGUACAAUAUAGUCGCUCUGUUCGUGUGGGGUUCACCAUCAUUCUCCUCUGCUUGAUAGUUUUUUUGGCAUUGCAUAUGUGAGGAGUGGGAAGUCUAAUCUCAGGAAUUGGAAAAGGAAUCUGCUGGGAAUUAGAAUGUGUGCAAAGUAUGAGGCAACAAUGCUCCAUACAAAGUUGCGGUUAGAGAAACGCUUAAACUGCUUCUGAUUUAUAUAUUUUCACGGGUUUCAUUCUCCAUAAUUGUUGUUUGUACUAUAAUGAAUACAUAUUAUGAAAGAACCAGUCUUGUAGUCAGUGAAAUCUUGUAAAUAGAUCAAUAUUUCAUUUGCAUGCCCCUUGUCAUUUUC